AUGAAAUAACAUGAGAAUAAUUACUUUGUAAAAUCACUAAUAAAGCCCUUUUCAUAAGUGAGUACUAAUUCGGCAGUUACUAGAUCAAUCGAAUAGAAACCAGUAUCUUAUUUAACUUUUACUCGUACUAAACAUAGAAGAAAAAAUGAGACCGCUAUCAAAUUACCUGAAUUAUAGCCCUCAUCAUUAAGAGCGAAAACUGAAUAAGAUCAACCUGUUAUUAAUGAAUUAAAGAAAUCUAUUGUAAUUAUUAGUAGAAAACCAAGUGGAGUAUUUCAAUCCUAGAGGAUAAAAACUUAACCAUCAAUUCAAGUGUGGGAACCUGAAGUAAAGGAAUUUGAAGUAGUAAAAGAAAUUAAGCAAGAAAAGCCUAAAUUUGUUGAUGUUCUUUGUGAAGAAUUAAUAUUAGGAUAAAAAUUUCCAUAAUUUAAAGCAAGGAAUCAAAUUAAAUGUAAAAUUAAGAUCAAUGAACUUGAAGGAUUUCAAGAUAGAAGUUCAAGGAUUUUGAGAAAAAUAAUUUAAUUGUUAAAGACUCAUCGAGAAAGAUCAGAAGAAAAAGAACUAAAGAGUAAAACAGCAAUUGACACUUAAAUGCUUAAAUCAAAUAUUUUCAUACAAACUUAAACUCAAUAUCUUCCGUAAUAAUCACUAACUAAUUCAAAAGAGAUGCUCUUUCAAUAGUAAUUAUCAGCUAUACCGAAAAAACAUACCAAAUUUAGCUCCUAAAUAACUUUGACUCAUUAGGAUGAAUCUAUUAAAAAAAUGAAAAGUAUAAUAGAAGCAAUAAAAGAGAAAUCUUAAGAUAAAGGAAAAUAGGUAUAAGUAAGUGCUACUACUCCGUAAUUUCCAGUAAAUAAUAAAAAGAAAAUAAAAGUUCUUGUUGAAUAUCCAGAAGAACAAAAAUAAAAUAAGAUGGAAUUCUUUAUUCCUCAUUAUAUGGAAGAAGAUCAAAUAAGAUAAUAAUAAUAAUCGAAUGAAGUUAUAGAAAUAAAAAAUCCUAAGAAAUCAAAUAUUUAUUCUCUUGUUUCUAAAAAUAUGUUUAAUAAAAAAUUGAAUAAAAUACAAAAUGUAAAUGAUUAGAUUUUUGAUGAAUUCAAUUCAGACAAAGCUGCUCAAUUUACUCGAUAUUAUCUUUAAAAUUAUGUUUUAAAAUGUUUAAAUUAAAAUAAAAUGAAAGAAUAAAAGGAUAAUGAGACUAUACCAAAUAUAAUGAGAUAAGAUUCAAAAUUAGAUUAAUAGCUAUUUGUAUCAAAAGUUCUUUUUGAUCAAUCAAUUAUAUAAGACUUUCAAACAACAAGAUUUUUAGAUAUUAAUAGCUUUAUUUAUAGAUGUCCAGAACCUUUUGAUUCCUAGAAUUCAAGUAUGUUAUCCGAUUAUAGUUAUCUGACAAAUAAAAGCUAAUAAGAUUACUCAUAUGAUUAAGGAAUGAAAUUGAAAUAUCUAUCCUCAUCCAAGCUUUUGAAUCCACGAGCAUGUUAAGAGAAAUUAAUUAAAUUUAUUAUUUCAACAAUUUCAGAUGAUUCAAAAAAUGUACUUUUGCAUGAACAAAUAAUGGCAUUUGAUAAUAAUAUAGAACCAAUAAUCCAUAUAGAUUAUGAAUUGUAAUGCUAACCCCAUUUGGAGGCCAUAAAUAGACUUUUUCUAAGAACAAAUACAAAGGAUCGAAAAAAAUAUCUAUAGUUAGUUUAUAAGAAUUAUGAAAAUAUCUGCAUAGGAUAGUUUGAAGAUGAUUACAAACAUCUAAUAAAUACAUAAGAAAAACGAUUUAUUAAAUACUGCUAUUAGCAAUAAAAUAAUAGUGUGGAUAAUACUUCUAUAAAAAAUUCGAAUAUGUUGAAAUCUAGACAUUAUAGAGAAACUACAAUAGAAACCAUACCAAAGCAAGCCAAUCUAAUGACCUUAUCCUUACCUCCAGCAACAAAGAGUAGAUCCGAAUCUCCUUCCAAUAUUAGCGAAACAAAAACUUAGAAGAAUGCGAGCUAAAAUCAAUAACCAGUGGCUCGAAAUGCAUUCAGAAAGCCUUCCUAAAAGUAUUUACAAGUUUAAGGAGCAAACAAAAUUCAAUCUUAAUCACAGAUCUCUAAGGUUCAAAAUUUAUCAGUUGUCAAAGAAAACGAGUAAUAAAUUGUUUAUAAGGAAACAUAAUAAAUUCAAUAAAAAAGUAAAUAAAGCGAUGUUAAAUAAUAAUCUAUGCAUCCAUACUCAUUAUUAUUCAGAAAUAUGAUUAUCUAGCAAACAAAAAAUGAGGAUAAGACAUUAAUAGAAAAGAUAUUCAUUAUGGUUGAAGAACAUCGAUUGUCGGAUCUAAAGGAAAUCCUAAAAUUGGAAGCAACAAUGGAUAUUAAUUAUUAGAAUGAAGAAGGCAACACUAUGUUAAUAUCAGCAUCUAAAUGUGGAGCUACAUAAAUUGUUGAUUACUUAUUGAAGAAUGGUGCUGAUGUUAAUAUCCAAAAUCAUAACGGAUAAACAGCCAUGGAUGUUGCCUUGGAAAAUUACUAAUUUGCUACUGCAGAUAUUAUAUUCAAAUACCUAAAGCCAGAGAACAAAUCAUUUUGA